AUGAAGAUUUUACUACAUUUCCCAUGAUUCCACACACAGGAACUGGAAGCACAAGGCGGAAGCAUGCGAAGAGUGAGCCGGCGACCCUGUGAGGACGGCCCGCUGCUGGAGGAGCAGGAGACGGAGGGCCAGCGGCAGCUGCACAGCCUCCUGCUGCAGCAGCUCCACACUGACGUCGACAUCGACCGAUGUGUAGCCAAGAGGCAGUGCUUCGCCCCCGCGGCUCUCUAUCGGCCGUUUGGGGAACAGGCAGCUGGAGUGAGAAGCCUUUCCCAGUUCCAGGCCCUGCAGGAUGGGGAGAAGGAGUUGGCCAGCUUGCGGGAACUGGGCCUAACUGACACUGAGAUCCAGCUGUGGCAGCGCAGAGAUGAACCAGAAGCAACAGAGAAGUCUCAUGGUGUGUGCGCAGCUCCGGGUGCGAGGCAGCAGCGCCUGCAGGUGAUCAGAGACAAGAUUGAAGCCAGGGCCGAGCUCCUGUCCCGCCCACAGCGCUUCGCCGCCAGCCGGCCGCUGUCACGCCGGGAGAUGGAGAUCGAACAAGCGCUUUUCCAGGGAACUGACCGCCUGGGUUUCCUCACUGCUCUUUACCAUAGAGAUGAAGAUAACCAGGAGGGCCAGGAGGGGGCGUCGUCCUCUGAUCCAAUGGACUCUCUUUACCGAGACGUUCUCAGCAAGAACAGAAAACAAGCUCCACUACAGGAGGGAGAGACAACCGAAGCAUCCCACCUGUCGCCACAUAAAAUUAUAUCUGAACAUUCACAGGACUCACAGAAAGACAACAACCAAUCAAAGGAAGCCACUGACCAUCAAUCAGAACCACAGGGUGAGAAGAGAAGCUUGUCAAGUCAGUCAGAGUCAAAUUCAGACACCUCAGAGCAGCAGCUCGCUCAGGACAGAGCGUGCCAACCACAGCUGGCUGCCCCAACACGAAUAAACAUAAGCCAGCCAAUCGGCAGUUUGUGUGGAGCAGCGAAGGCAAAUUCAGGGGGACCACUGACUGUCAGAGGAGAGAUUGAGAUGAUCUCAGAUGAAGAAAUCCUGAAGAACCGUGAAUCAGAAGAAGGGAUCCGGAGCAUCCCGAGAUUCCAAAACUACGAGCCAGGAAAACCCUCCAAGGUGCUGUGUGUGAAGAACCUGAGUCCUCAGGCCUCAGUGGCCCAGCUGGUGGCGCUGUUCUCCAGGUUUGAGCGAGAGAACGAGCCGCCAGUCCUUUAUCGCCUGCUGACUGGAAGGAUGAAGGGUCAGGCUUUCAUCACUCUGCCAGAUGCUGGAACGGCCCAGAAAGCCUUGCAGUUGGUCCAUGGAUACCGGUUGCUAGGGAAACCUUUGGUGGUUGAGUUUGGCCGUGAGCGACAGGAAGAGGAGAAACAGAAGGAGAAGCAGGAGGAGGAGAAAUAACAAAAAAAAAAAACAUUUAUUCCUGACAACAACAUGGAACCUCCAGAGUGGUAAAUUAAAGGCUGCGAUGGAUGUGAUUGUAUAUUAUUUAUUUUUUAGGGUUUAAAGUGGUCAUUUAAUUUUAAUAAAUGUCUGUUUUGCACAAAACCAUAUUUUGUA